GAAAACUUUUUCAAAAGUUUCAGGAGGGGAGAGGAGAAUCACAGCACCCGUGGCCGUGCUGCGGAGGAUAUUACGGGAUUGGGACUUAACGCUUCGCUUCCCGGUUGACUUAGCGAAAACGAACUUUUGGAGGCUUACUUUUUUCCGUAUAAAUUAAACAGAGGAUGUAUUUCUAAUAAAAGCGCUCUGCGACACGUUGGAAACUUUUCCACAGAAAUGGAAGGGAAUAUGCAAUGGAUUAUUCUGUCGCUUUUGUUGUGCAUGCAUAUUGGUGAAGGGUUCCGCUGUGUGGAUAAAAACAAGCCCUGUGAAAAUGGAGGGACAUGCAUAGAUUCCCCCUCUCGAUGCAUAUGUCGUCCCGGAUUCAUUGGUCCUUACUGUCAGCACCUGGAUCCCUGCCAUCGAUCGCCGUGCCAGAAUGGGGCAGCUUGUAAAAGUGAUGUGGUCAAUGGUAUCCCACAGUACAAAUGUGUGUGCCAAAGAGGUUUCAGAGGUCAAGACUGCUCCCUCAUCGAUGCUUGUGCCACAAGUCCCUGUGCUAACGGAGCCCGCUGCGUCAACUGGAACAACCAUUACAACUGUUCCUGCCCACCGGGCUACCAGGGGAAGAACUGCCGCAGUGACAUUGACGAGUGUCGCAAACCUGGCGUUUGCCUCAAUGGUGGCAACUGCAUUAACACGCUUGGGUCCUUCCGCUGCCAGUGUCCCCCGGGGUACAGUGGUCGUACGUGUGAGGUGUCCACCCUACCCUGUGCCCCAUCACAGUGCCUCAAUGGAGGCACCUGUCGCCAGACCAGCGACCAUUCCUAUGAAUGUGCUUGUCUACCAGGGUUCGAGGGACACAACUGUGAGAACAAUGUGGACGACUGUCCUGGUCACAAGUGCAUGAAUGGGGGAAUAUGCGUUGAUGGAGUCAAUACCUACAACUGCCAGUGUCCACCAGAAUGGACAGGACAAUACUGUGCCGAGGAUGUCAACGAGUGCCUCAUGCAACCCAACGCAUGCCAUAAUGGAGGCACUUGUUUCAACACUAUUGGUGGUCAUACCUGCGUCUGCGUCAAUGGUUGGACUGGGGAUGACUGCAGCGAGAACAUCGAUGACUGUGCUAUAGCUGUUUGCUUCAACGGCGCCACGUGCCAUGACCGUGUAGCAUCCUUUUUCUGCGAGUGUCCAGUUGGGAAAACAGGUCUGCUUUGUCAUCUGGAUGACGCAUGUGUGAGUAACCCUUGCAAUGAGGGCGCAGUGUGCGACACCAACCCCCUUAAUGGCCGUGCCAUUUGCACCUGUCCCGCUGGUUUCGUGGGUGGUGCCUGCAACCAGGACAUGGACGAAUGUUCCAUCGGCGCAAACCCGUGUGAGCAUUUUGGAAAAUGUGUAAACACAGAGGGCUCCUUCCAGUGUCAGUGCGGUCGGGGAUAUGCUGGCCCACGUUGUGAAAUCGACAUCAAUGAAUGCCUUUCCAUGCCCUGUCAGAAUGAUGCCACCUGCUUGGACCGCAUUGGAGAGUUCACUUGCAUAUGCAUGCCAGGCUACAUGGGGACUUUCUGUGAGAUUGACAUCGACGACUGUGAGAGCAACCCGUGUGUGAAUGAUGGCACCUGUCGGGACAUGGUCAACGGCUUCACAUGCACCUGCCAGCCAGGGUUUACUGGCACCAUGUGUCAAAUUGACAUAGAUGAGUGUGCUAGCACUCCCUGCCAGAAUGGAGCAAAAUGCUACGACCGGCCCAAUGGGUUCGAGUGCCGCUGCGCCGAAGGUUAUGAAGGGAGACUCUGCGAGAGUAAUAUCAACAACUGUCAACCUGACCCAUGCCACCAUGGUACUUGCAUAGAUGGCAUUGCUAGCUACACGUGUAAUUGUGAUCCCGGAUACACGGGCUAUCGCUGCGAGAACCAGCUGAAUGAAUGCCACAGCAAUCCCUGUCAGAAUGGGGGCAAGUGUGUGGACCGGGUCAAUAAGUACAUCUGUCAGUGCCAGCAUGGGACUUCAGGUACAAACUGUGAGAUAAACUUUGAUGAUUGUGCCAGCAACCCAUGCGAUUAUGGGAUCUGCAAAGAUGGCGUUAACCGCUAUGACUGUGUUUGCAAACCUGGCUUUACAGGUCCUAAAUGUAAUGUGGAAAUAGAUGAGUGUGCAUCUAGCCCCUGUAGAAAUGGCGGCACGUGUGUUGAUGAAGAAAAUGGAUUUCACUGCCAGUGUCCUGAAGGCUUUAAGCCCCCUUACUGUUACUCCCAGGUGGAUGAGUGUGGCAGCAGCCCAUGUGUCCAUGGCUCCUGCAGAGAGGACAUAAAUGGAUACCGCUGUGACUGUGAGCCUGGCUGGGUUGGAAAGAACUGUGACCUGAACAGGAACGACUGCUUACAAAGUCCUUGUCAGAAUGCUGGAACAUGCAUCGAUCAGCUCAACGGUUUUACCUGCAAAUGUCGCCAAGGGUUCAAAGGUAACCUCUGCCAGCUGAACAUCAAUGAAUGUGCUUCCAGCCCCUGUCUGAAUAAGGGGACUUGCGUGGAUGGUGUGGCAAGUUUCACAUGUCUGUGUGAGCUUCCCUAUAGUGGACCUACUUGUGCUGAGGUCCUCACGCCUUGCUUCCCUAACCCCUGUGCCAAUCAUGCCGUCUGCACUCACACCCCAGACUACCUGGGUUACCAGUGUAACUGCCAGCCAGGGUGGCAAGGUCAGUUGUGCAACAUAGACGUGAACGAAUGCAUGUCGAACCCCUGCAAAAACCGUGGGACCUGCACGAACACGCUUGGAGGUUUUGUGUGCUCCUGUAGAGCAGGAUUUACUGGGCUGACGUGUGAAACGGAUAUCAAUGACUGUAUUCCCAACCCCUGCUUAAGUGGAGGCUCCUGUACAGACGGCGUGAACUCCUUCUACUGCAGCUGCUUGCCAGGCUUCACGGGCCCCCGAUGUGCCCAAGAGAUCAAUGAAUGUCAAAGCUCCCCCUGUAAAAAUGGAGGCACCUGUACAGACUAUGUUAACUCUUACACAUGCACCUGCCCACCCGGCUUCACGGGUAUCCACUGUGAAACCAACAUCCCAGAUUGCACUGAAAGCUCUUGCUUCAAUGGAGGGACCUGCACAGACAAAAUCAAUGGCUAUACCUGCAAUUGUCGCUCCGGCUUCACUGGCUCCCACUGCCAGUAUGAAGUUAACGAGUGCGACUCCCAGCCCUGUCUAAAUGGAGGCAUCUGUCAGGAUGCCCUGGAGUCCUUCCGCUGCUCCUGCCCUAAGGGCUUUAAAGGCAACAGGUGCCAGACGCCAGUAGACUUGUGCCGACACUCGUCUAUGUGCCAGAACGGAGGACGCUGUCGCCAAAACGACGCUUCCUUCAUCUGCGACUGUCCCAGUGGUUGGUCUGGACUUCACUGUGACAUCCCGAAGGUCUCAUGCGAAACAGCGGCUCGCCAGCGGGGAUUUCAAACCGACGAGCUAUGCCACCACGGCGGUCACUGUGUCAACACCGGCAAUACCCACUUUUGUAAAUGCCCUGCUGAUUAUACGGGGAGCUAUUGCGAAAUUCAAGUGGACCAAUGUGAAGACAAACCUUGUCACAAUGGUGCCACCUGCAGGUCAUAUGUUGGCGGGUACCAGUGUGAUUGCAUGCCGGGCUAUACUGGACAGAACUGCCAGAUAGAAAUCAAUGAGUGCCAGUCCCAUCCGUGCCAGAAUGGAGGCACUUGUAUUGAUCUAGUAGGGCAUUAUAUCUGCUCCUGUCCCCCCGGCACACUGGGUGUUCUCUGCGAGAUCAACGAGGACGACUGUGCUCCCCCGCUGCGGCUCCGCGGCGCUCCCCCGAAGUGUCUCAACAACGGAACCUGCGUAGACAGAGUUGGUGGCUACCGCUGCAACUGUCCGCCUGGUUUCACGGGAGACAGAUGCGAGGGAGACAUCAAUGAGUGUCUCUCUAACCCCUGCAGUCCCGCCAACAGUCUGGACUGCAUCCAGCUGCCCAAUGAUUACCUGUGCGUCUGCAAGCCCGGGUUCACAGGUCGGAAGUGUCAGAACAGGUUCAGCGUAUGUGAAUCGCAGCCUUGCCAUAACGGAGGUGCCUGUUCUGUAACCAGCAGCUCUCCCCUGGGAUACACCUGCACAUGUCAGCUUGGUUAUACUGGUCCUAACUGUGAAAGGAGCAUGUCCUGUCGGGAGCUGUCCUGCUACAACGGAGGAAGCUGUGCCCUCACUAAGAGGGGCGCGCGCUGCGCAUGCUUGCCAGGCUUCGGCGGGCCCCAGUGUCAGCAUCGCAGCAACGACGGCUGUUCCUCCAUGCCGUGCCGCAACGGGGGCCUGUGCACCGAAGAGACCAGUUUCCCUUUUUUCCAUUGCCAGUGUCCAAGCGGGUUUACGGGGAUACGUUGCGACCAAAGCACCAUGUAUGAGCUUCCUCCCCCCUGCCCCAGGGCAGACUGUCCAGGCAAAGCCAACGAUGGUGUCUGUGACAAGGAAUGUAACUCACUUGCUUGUCGCUGGGAUGGCGGCGACUGCUCCCUGGCGAUGAAUCCCUGGGCCCGCUGCACAGACCCCCGCUGCUGGCGCGCCUUUAACAACAGCCAGUGUGACGAAUUCUGUAACAAUGCCGACUGUCUGUACGACAACUUUGACUGCAGGGGCAAAGAGAAAGCUUGCAAUCCAGUGUACGCAAACUACUGCGACGACCAUUAUGCUGACGGUCGGUGCGACCAGGGCUGCAACACAGAAGAGUGUGGCUGGGAUGGCUUAGAUUGUGCACAGAAGGUUCCAGAGGAGCUUGCCGACGGCGUUUUGGUUUUGGUAGUCCUCCUGCCUCCGGAGAAGCUCCUCUACACCGGCAAAGCUUUCCUGCAGAAACUGAGCGCCAUCCUGCACACCGCAGUCCGCUUCAGGUUGGACGAGAAUGGAAAAGAGAUGAUCCGUCCCUACAUGCGUCGAGAUGCACGCCUCAAGCGAGAGCUCGAACAUCAAAAUGAAGUCGUUGGGUCCAUAGUCUAUCUGGAGAUAGACAACCGUCUGUGUUCUCAGGAUUUGGAGGAGUGCUUCCCUACAGCUGACAGUGCAGCAGAGUAUCUGGGAGCCCUAUCUGCAACAGAUAUGCUGAACUUCCCUUAUCCCCUUCGUGAAGUCAGAGCCGAAACGAUCCCUAUCGAAGGUACGGGGACACGUUUGGAAUAUUUGAUGCUGGCAGGGAUCGGCUCUUUUUUUGUGUUGGUCAUCCUUGUGAUCGGCAUGCUGAUAACUCGUCGAAAGCGUGAACACAGCACCCUCUGGUUCCCCGAAGGCUUCUUUCUCAAGAAGGAACCCAGCAGCAACAAAAACCGCCGGGAACCUGUGGGUCAGGACGCUCUCGGAAUGAAACACAUGCCAAAAGCCGCUGAGGAGUCUCUCCUCAGAGAUCACAGCGAUCCGUGGAUGGACUCGGAUUGCCCUGAAGCCAAACGACUCAAGGUUGAGGAGCCAAGCAUGCUCUCAGAUAGUGAGGACGCGGUGGACUGCAGACAGUGGACACAGCACCAUCUCGCAGCUGCAGACAUUCGCGUUCCACCCACAAUGGCCCUCACACCCCCUCAGGGAGAAUUUGAGAGUGACUGCAUGGACGUUAACGUCCGAGGCCCAGAUGGAUUUACACCUCUGAUGCUGGCAUCGUUCUGCGGAGGCGGGCUGGAACCUGAGGUGACGGAGGAGGAGGAGAACGAGGAGUGCUCGGCCAACAUCAUCUCGGACCUGAUCUACCAGGGCGCGUCGCUCGCUGCUCAAACAGACCGCACCGGCGAGACGGCGCUCCACUUGGCCGCUCGCUACGCCCGCGCCGAUGCAGCUAAGCGCCUGCUGGACGCCGGGGCGGACGCCAAUGCUCAAGACAACACGGGACGCACGCCGCUACAUGCUGCUGUGGCUGCAGACGCACAGGGUGUCUUCCAGAUCCUGAUCCGAAACCGAGCCACUGAUCUAGACUCCCGCAUGUACGAUGGCUCUACUGCGCUGAUCCUGGCUGCACGCCUGGCCGUGGAGGGCAUGGUUGAGGAGCUUAUCACUUGUCACGCUGAUGUUAAUGCAGUGGAUGAACUGGGUAAAUCCGCUCUGCACUGGGCCGCGGCUGUAAACAACGUAGACGCAACCAUCGCGCUGCUGAAAAACGGAGCCAACAAAGACAUGCAAGAUCUCAAGGAGGAGACCCCUCUGUUCCUCGCAGCCCGUGAAGGCAGCUGCGAGGCUGUGAAGGUGCUGCUCGCCCACUUCGCCAACAGGGAGAUCACAGACCACAUGGACAGAUUGCCGAGAGACAUUGCCCUGGAGCGCAUGCACCACGACAUCGUCCAGCUUCUUGACGAAUACAACACAGUGAGGAGUCCCCAGAGCCACGGAGCAGCCGGACACCAGCUAACAGGGGGCCACACUCUCUCGCCCCUCAUGUGCCCGCCCAGCGCCUUCCUCCCCAGUCUGAAGAACACCCCGCAGGGCAAGAAGAACCGCCGGCCCGGGGCCAAAGGUUCCAGCCUGGGAGGCCAGCAUGCUGCGAGUCUGAAGGAGUCGGUAAAGGCUCGCAAUAAGAAGCUGACUCUGGACAUGCAGAGUGCCUUAUUGGAUAGCUCAGUCACUCUGUCCCCAGUGGACUCCCUGGACUCACCCCACGGGGGAGCUAGCAACGCCGGCUACAUGACCAAUCCGACGUCACCCGUGGCCAUGCAGUCUCCGGGCCUUUUCCAUUCCUCUAUGUCUGUCCCAAACACCCCGAUGGUACGCAGCAGCAUGUUGGAAGGAGGGGGCCCAUUUGCCGUCUCUCUCGCCCAAAUUAAUGACAUUGGAGCCGGAGGAAUGUCCAUGCAAGGCCGCGUGUCCAUGGCUUCAGAUGUCAGCCACGGCUACGUGCUGAGCUCUGGUCAGCUGGGGGUCAACAUGGGCAUGGUCAGUCCUGUCAGCGUGCCAUUUGAUUGGCACAGCCACAUGCCUCCGUCCUCUCAGUGUGGUCAGCAGGUUGUGAACAUCGUGCAGAGUAGCCAAGCGGGCAUGCACGUCCAGAGCCCAGCCAUGCAGCAGCAGAACAUGCUGAUGCACCAACAGCAGCUCUACCGCAGUCCAAUGCUGCAGCCCACACCUGUCGCCUCCACACCCACCAUCAGCCCAGUCAAGCUGCCUUCCAUCGCGGAGCAACAGCAGCUCAUCAAUCACAACAUCACCAACCAGCCAAGCAUGGCUCCCAUGGGCACUUCCACUCCACCAACGCCACAGACCUCACAGCCGCCACCAGCCUUCUUCCAGCAGCAGCAGCUGCCUCAGCAGUCCUCUCAGCCUCCUGCUCAGGCCACCCAGGGAGCAGCGCCAGCAGCCCAGCCAGCUCAGGCCCUUUCCUCCCAGCCAAGCGGCAGCGCCGCAGGAAACGAGGAUUAUCCGACCCCUCCUUCCCAGCACAGUUAUGCAUCCACGUUAGACGCCACACCCAAGCAUUUUCACAAUUUGCCCAGCGAGCACCCCUACCUGACCCCCUCUCCAGAGUCUCCAGAGCACUGGUCCAGUCCCUCUCCCCACUGCGUGUCUGAUUGGUCAGAUUCUACGCCCAGCCCCGCCGUCGCUGUCCCCAACCAGACCCAAAUCACUCAAAUCCCAGAGGCCAACGGCAAGAUGCAGGUGUUUGCAUGAAGAUGGUUUGGACUCGACCUGGAAAGGACCUGGGUUAGAAAGAGUUCUUAGACUGGCUCCUGGGUCUGUCUGUGUUUUAUCUGUCAGCUUGUUUCCAAGAUUUUCUUUGGAUCUGGGCUGGCCAUGUGUAUAAGAGGACCGUCUGCUAGUGAAUACGGCAGAGGAAAAACAAAUAAGUAAAGGGAAAUGUGUGUUGUCUGAAAAAAACUGCAGACAAUUUAAUGAAGUAAUUCUGUCACAGAUGGACUAUUUUUUAUUAUUAAAAAAAAAAAAAGUAUAUGAAGAAAACCAAGUCUUUAAUUUCAAAGACUUGGGGAAAACUCCCCAGAAAACUAACAAAACAUUUAAAAAGUAGAGCAGAGAAAAAAAGUGAAAUGUUGAAGGGAAUUUGUUUAUUUUUAUUUAUUGUUUUUAUCUAUCUGAAAUGCUCUUUAGUUUUAUUUCUGUUCUAGCCUCUCAUGCAAGCUGCCAUCACAACGUUACGAACCGGUUCCAGCAACUACAUUUCAUAAAUUGUUCUGCAGUAGUCAUGUUUGACUGAUGGCAAAUAAUUACUUUUCUAUAUGAGUGUUAUGAACAAGAAUGUAGAUAAGUGUCUUUGAAGCACUUCAACUGACCAGCCUCAAAGGGCAAGUCUUCGUCAAAUACAUCAUUUGACAUUAUUGGAUAUUUAUAAUAUAAGGGGCAUUUAAUCGCUGUGAAUUUUAAAUGUAAUCUUUUUAAAAAAAAUCUGAGAAAAUAUUAAGUGUGAUGCAUCUAUUUUAUAUAACUAUUCAUUGACGCUAGAGUAUUUGCUGACAGUUUUACUGCCGAAUCUAUUACCUUUUUAGUUUUUAAGCAUUCGCUUUAUUUAUGUUUCACGGAAAACCUUUUGGCCUUUAAAAAUCAGCGUUCUACUGCCCUCACAUUAUAUUUUUUUAUUGUUUUAAUGCUCUGUAUGUUUGUGGGAAAGCAUAAACACAUUCUUCUUUGUUAAACAUCACUCCAGAUGUAUUAAGCUAUGCUUAUAUCCGCUGCUAUUUUAUAUCACUCUUCCCUGCAGACAUUCCUUUGCUGUUCCUGUCGUGUUGUGUUUGGAUUGGCCGCCUUCGGGUGACUCUAAAAGAUGACCGAACCGGACAAAGUACCUUUUUUGAAAAUGUUGACCCCCCCGUCACCUAAAAUGGACUAAACGGACUGCUGCAGCUGAGAUCAAGUUGGGAAUGGUGGUCAGUGGGAGGGUGGGGCUGCUGGACUGUGACUGCUGAUGCCCUGUCACUCCUCAGGGAGGUGUUUUAUGGCAUGCAGAGGGAUGGUUCCCUCGCAUCUACAGUAGAUAACACGUCCAGGGCCCAGUGAGUUUUGCGUGGUAGUGAAAUAAGAAUGAGGAGGGUUAGGGAAAAAAACACUACUAUGUAGUGUUCUUGUUGUGUAAUUCUAAGAUGAAACUCCGAGUCAUUUGGCUAACACUUCUGCCUGAAAAGGUAUUUUGGUUUUAUGUAACCAGGGCACGUAAAAGAGGGGGUUCACCUCUCUGUAACGUUAUGUGCACAUUUCAGACGUCUUUCAUCUUAACAUUUUAGGACAAAGUUUUGCAUUUUCAUUUCGGCCUUAUGAGCAGAGAUGAAUUAGCCCGCCACGUCGACCUAUUACUUUUACAGUGACACUGCCUUAGUUGAGUUAUCAGCUGAGUUUAUCUUUGUUUUUCCUAUUUGAUCUUGUUCAUUAUAGAACCAGGUACUGUUCUGUCAGACCUGGGAAAGUGUUGUUAUACACAGCCCAGUUUGCAUCUUAUUUGCCGGCGAGAAAAGCUUGGUUUGUCUGUUUGUUUGUCUGUUCUAAUUUUGUCAUAACUGGUCUUAAAAUUUCUCUGCCAGGUCGCACUAAGUGUUUUGUACAUUCACCAUUUCAGUUACAGAACUUCAGUUACAGGCUGUAAAUAUGUUUGUUUUGGGUAGAUCGUUGCUUAAGAAGUCUCAUUUUCCUAAAGUGAUUUGUUAUGUACUAAAAAGAAAUAAAGUGUAUUUCAUUUAGCGAUAUUUGAAGCUGAAACUGUAAUGAAUAUUUUUUUAGCAAUCUUGUUACAACAGCACAUGUUUAUAUAUCCUAAUAUUUCUAUAAUUGUUCAAAAGUAGUUUAAAGUCCUUGUCAACAUUUCUCAGCGGCUUUUCUUUUUUUUUCCUCGAUCAAACCUGUUUAAUACGUUUAUAAUAAAAACUAUAGGAAACAACA